CGGCGCGGCUCCUUCAAGAUGGCGGAGUUGGAUCAGCUGCCUGACGAGAAAUCCUGAGAUUCAUCAACCAGACCUUGUUGGAAGACAUUUACUUGGAAUUAAAUAAUUUAAGAUCGGGAAUUGAAUGGAUGGCAUACUUCUUCCUUACAGAAAUAUAAAUCCAAAUCACUCCACGCUUCUUGUAUUCAGCACUGUAAUUUAAGGAGAAGGUUGAAUUCAUCACUACUAAUAUUGCAGAAGAAAUUCUGAUCCCCGGCAAAUCACUUCAAUAUCUACUAGUAUACACCUCAUAUAGAAGGCUAGAUAUUCAGUUUGAGCCACCAAUCAAGUGGGAAGAAAAUUGUUCAUUGAUGCAUAUCUUUUAUAAAAGUUUGAGAGCUGCCAUAGAAGCAAAUUGGUUCAUCAGCAAAAGCCUUGGUUAGUUUGAAAGAGGGAAGUUUAUCCAAUACAUGGAAUGAAAAAUUCAGUUCUUUGCAGAAAACACCCAUUUGGAAAGGCAAAAAUGCAGGAGCUGCUGUAGAAAUGCCCUUCAGAAAUUCCAAACGAACUCGUUCCUUUUGUGAAGAAGACGAAAGACAAAUGAAUACAAGAUCACCAAAAAGAAAUCAGAGAGUUGGAAUGGUCCCACAGAAAUUUACUGUAACAGUGCCAACACCAGACAAAAAAGCAUCACAAAAGAUUGGUUUGCGGCUACGUAAUUUACUCAAACUUCCUAAAGCCCACAAAUGGUGUAUAUAUGAGUGGUUCUACUCAAAUAUAGAUAAGCCAUUGUUUGAAGGAGAUAAUGACUUUUGUGUUUGCCUGAAAGAAUCUUUUCCAAACCUGAAAACAAGGAAAUUAACCAGAGUGGAAUGGGGAAAAAUUAGACGAUUAAUGGGAAAGCCACGAAGAUGUUCCUCUGCAUUCUUUGAAGAGGAAAGGUCAGCGUUGAAACAGAAACGGCAAAAAAUUAGACUGCUGCAACAGCGAAAGGUGGCAGAUAUAUCCCAAUUUAAAGAUCUUCCAGAAGAAAUUCCAUUGCCACUAGUAAUAGGCACAAAAGUUACAGCGCGGUUACGUGGUUCCCAUGAUGGACUCUUCACUGGACAGAUUGAUGCUGUUGACACUCUUAAUGCUACUUACAGAGUAACCUUUGAGAGGACAGGACUUGGGACACAUACAAUCCCAGAUUACGAAGUCCUUAGUAAUGAACCUCAUGAUACCAUGCCAAUUGCUGCCUUUGGACAAAAACAGAGACCUUCUAGAUACAUUAUGACUCCUCCUCAAUUACAUUAUACACCUUCCCUCCAAUCACCAAUUACAGACAGUGAUCCUUUAUUAGGACAGUCUUCUUGGAAAAACAAAAUUUCAGGCUCAGAUAGUGAGACAUUAGGUGGUUUUCCUGUAGAAUUCCUUAUCCAAGUGACCAGAUUAUCAAAAAUACUUAUGAUCAAGAAGGAACAUAUCAAGCAGUUAAGGGAGAUGAAUACAGAAGCUGAAAAACUGAAAUCCUAUUCUAUGCCUAUCAGCAUUGAAUUUCAGAGACGAUAUGCAACUAUUGUUUUAGAUCUUGAACAACUGAAUAAGGAUCUAAAUAAAGUUUUACAUAAAGUUCAGCAGUAUUGUUAUGAGCUUGCUCCAGAACAAGGUCUCCAGCCCUCAGACCAUCCCACAGAUUUGAGACGAAGAUGUGAGGAGGAAGCUCAGGAAAUUGUCAGACAAUCAAACACAUCAACAACUGGACAACCUUGUGUUCAAAAUGAAAAUCUGACAGAUUUGAUUGCUAGACUUACAGCAGUAUUAUUGCAGAUUAAGUGUCUAGCAGAAGGAGGUGAUCUAAAUUCCUUUGAGUUUAAAUCAUUAACAGAUUCAUUGAAUGACAUCAAGAAUUCCAUAGAUUCCACCAAUAUCAGCUGUUUCCAGAAUAAUGUAGAGAUCCAUGUUGCACAUAUCCAGAGUGGCCUCAGCCAAAUGGGAAAUUUACAUGCUUUUGCUGCAAACAAUACUAACAGAGACUGAGAGAAACAUUUACCUUAUAAUCCAGGUGUACAGAAUAUAGUAGUGAAAAAUGCUUGGUGCGUACACUUCACCAAAUAUCCUACUAGUUGGAAGACAAAAGAAAAGGAUAUUUUGAGAGUGGUUGUACUGCUUCUGAAGAAACCAGCAUAAAAUUACCAGCAUUGCUAUGGACUUCAUCACUUGCUAUGCACAUAAUAUUAUCUUGUUUUAACAGCUAAACUUUAGUUAUAAUACGUGUGUGUGUUGUUUUAAACUGAAAGUUAUGCAGACAUGUUUCAUACAAAGGAAAAACUAAAUGUGGUUGCAGCAAAUCCUGGCAACUAUAUUAGAAGUUUUGAAAACAGUGAAACUGAUAUGACACAGAUGAGGGAUUGUAUUAAUAAUCUCUUCUUCUUGGAAACCAUGGUCCCUCAUACUGUGUCUUAAUAGCUUUUUGAUUUUAGCCUCUGAAUAGUGUGCUGAUUGAUAAAGCAGUAUGUAUAUUCCUGUUUUUGAGAAAUAGCAGGAUAAUGGAAUACCUGAAGGAGUGGUAGCAAAUAGAUGACUAUUGUACACUUGUGGAUACUGAGAAUCCCUGUAAAUCAGUUAAUAUCUUUGGAAUGUUUAAUUUAUUGUAACUUAUAAAAGUAAUUGAAUGAAGGAAUAGAAAAGAACUCUUGAAUUCCUAUAAAUGGAUAUAAUAUGCUUUUUCCCCUCCAUAACGGGCAAAAAGUUUUUUAGUUAAGAUAUUUCACACAAAUAACUGGUAAUAUUUUCCACUGAUUGGUUUGCACAAUUUAAACUAAAUACCUGGUUAUCAAGCAAUUAAUAUAAUUUUAUAAUGCAAUUGGAUAGCCAGUCCUCUAAACUGCCUUAAAAACUAAAGACCUGAGGAGUGUAGAGAAAUAUUGAUCUUGUAAAAAGGGUGUAUUGAGUUGUUAUAUUUAGUAUAACCUUGUAAAGCUUCAGUGUAAUAAAUUGUUUUCAGAUUUGAAUUUUCAGAUAGCUGUAGCAAUGUUUUGAUUCUUUAAUACCUCAUAAAAUGAGGUCUUUUGUAUGUUAAUGUAUAAAGAAAAUGUAAACAAUUAUUUUCAAUUUAAAAUUUUGUAUAGUUUUAAAAAUGAAUCUAUAUUCUGUGUCUGUAUUUAUGCUGCUUCAGAAUUUAACUGCAGAGUCUAUAUUUAGCAAAGCCUGUUCUUUUAAGAAAUGCAUAAAUUUUAUUCUCAUUGAUGAGAAGCUUGCAAUGUUUUACAAAAGUUGGAAACCAUUUUAAACAUGAAAAGCAGGUUGAAAUAAUUUUCAAAAAUGGGAUAACUGUUUUCAGAAAUGCAUUCUUGAUUUGAUGUCGAGAUGUGAGGCAAAGAAUUCUUAGGUUGGGAAAAAUGAAUUUGGUGAGAGCUUGGCAAGGAAGGCAUUAAAUUAAUCCAAAAGGAGACAGAAGAACAGACUCAGUAGAGGAGUUCUUGGCAUUAGGAACUUCUAUUUAUUUGUUUACAUGAUUUAUAUGAGCACCCAUGUUACAACAGUGAUUCUGGGUGGCGCACAGGGAUUAAAACCACAGCUGCAACCAAUAAUGCAUGAUGAUGGAGGUAAAACAAUACUCCCCAAUCAUGAAAAAUCACUUCAGCACCAGAGCUCACCUAACCAUGGUUGUGUAUGACAAUGGAAUAGGCCCAAGGCAUGAAAGGGUAUUCAGGAUCCUCAGAAGGAGGCAGCAGGGAGAUCAGUGAUCUCAGGGUCUGUACACCAAUCUAUUGGAGGAGCUAGAAAUCCUAACAUGGGAAAACAAAUAUGAUUUGAUAGGUGUUAUAAAUCCGUGGGAUGAGAGUCAUCACUGGAAUCUAGGGCUCAAAGGAUGUUAUGUUUUCUAAUAAAACAGACAUGAAAAAGGAGAAAGAGGAAUGAAUGUAUGUAAAGAAACCAUAUGUCUGUGAAGAAAUUCAUGUCCCCAUGGAGAGCAUCUAAGUAAGAUUAAAAGGUGUAAGAAACAAAAGUGAUACCAUUGUGGAAGUUAUUAUAGACUACCUACUCCAGCAGAAGAUGUGGACAAUGCCUUUCUAAAUCAGCUUACCAAGCUCUCAAGAACGCACAAUAGAGUGGCAAUGAGAAACCUUAACUUCCUCAAAAUCUGCUGGAAAACUAAGCUAGGAGUGGGAGAUCCAGCAAAUUUCUCAUCUACCUUGACAAUUUCAGAAGGCAGAGAAAAAAUGUGUCAGCAAUCCUGGGCCUAAUCCUGAACAAUAAAGCACUGGGGGUGGGGAGAAUUAUAUGUUGGAGUCUGAGUAACCACAGGAGGAAAAAGGUGGGAGAAGUCAGUCACUUCAUAAAUUGUCCCGAAGGGAAAAGUACCAAGUGGGAUCCUAAAGGCUCAUCCUCAGCUGGUGCUUGCUAUUCAACAACUUUAUAAAUAACCUGAAGAACAGAAUAGAAAUAAGGCUUAUCAGGUUUGCAGAUGACACCAUGAAGGGGAAUUGGGUAAUACCUUCGGAACAAAAUUACAAUUCAAAAUUACCUCAGUAGGCAGGAACAACUGAAUGCUGUUCAACCGUGACAAGUUUAAGGUCACAUAUCUCAUCAGGAAAAAUCAAAUGCAUAACAGGAUUGAGGAGACUUGGAUUGCUUGUGAGCAGGAUUUGAGAGCACCAACUGAAGAUGAGCCAGCAAUGUCAUGCAGCAGCUAAAAAGGCCAAUCUUGGAUUGCAUUAACCAAAGUGCUGGAUCCAGAUUAAGGAGGUAAUAUUUCCAUUGCAUUUCACAAAGGUUAAAUUGUACUAGGAGUACUUUACCAAAUUCUAGGCAUUGCAGUGGAUCCUUACUUUAAAUAGCAAGUUGGAGAUAUUGUAGUUUAGCAGAUUUUGAGCACUGAGCAGGAGAUUGAACUAGCUGACCUAUAAAACACCUAACUCAUACCUUCUAUGAGUCAAUCAAGUACAUGGUUCAUUAAAAAUGGAUUACAUAAUCAUGGUUUCUUAUUUCCCUGCCCAGUAAUUCUGCUAGGAUAAAUUGUAGUUUUAAUUGAUUAAGCAAUAUUCCAAUACUAUUGUAUUGUAACUUUCAGAUUUGCUGUCUAAUCUUAAGUCUUAGAGCAUUUUUUGUAUUGAUAAUUUUUUUCUUGUGGACAAAUGUGUUAACGUCAUGUUUACAUAUCUAUGUUACAGUUGAAAAGAUUUUGAUAUUUUUGAUGGUAUCAACCAACUUGUAGAUAAGGGUGAUCUAAUAGCUUUGGUAUAUCUUUGUCUCUCACCAAAGGCUCUGCCACAAACACCGCUGCCACAGGAUAAGAGGACAUGUGCUAUUAUGGGCUUACAACUGGCUAAAAAAAAUAGGAAACUUAGUACUGUAGGACUAAAUGGGCAGUCCUCAUCCUGGGGAGUGGAGUUAUCAGUUCCCCAGGAAUAACUUGUACAUAAAUCUAGAGUUACAGCUGAGCAGUUAGAUGUCCAUAUUUGCUGAUGAUACCAAACUCUUCUGGGUAAUAAAAUCAAGGAAUUGUGAAGAGCCUGAAAAGGAUCUCUCCAAGCUGAGUGAAUGGUCUACAGACUGGCAAAUGCAAUUCAGUGCAACCAAGAAAGUCAUGUAUCUACACACAAAACAUUUCCUGUACAUUAAUGGGAUCUCAACUGUCAAUGGCAGAUCAGGAUAGGGAAUCUGAUAGCAUCGGUGGACAGCUCAAUGAAAACGUCAAUCUAGCAUUCAAGCUGCUGUUUGAAAAAGGGAAAUCCUGUGUUUAGAGUAUUGGGGAAUGGAAAUGAAACUAGAACUUCCAAUAUGAUAAGGCCACACUUGCUAUAUUAUGUGCAGUUCUGGUUGUCAUGUCUUAAGGAUAUUACAGAGCUAGAAAAGGGCAAAGGAGGGUAACUGAAAGGAUUGCGGGGGUGGGGAGAGUAGCUCUAUAGGGAAAGGAUAUAGCACUUAGGACUUUGGAGCAAAGGGAAGGGAAGAAUGAUAGAGGGAUACAAAACGAUGCCCAGUAUAGAUAACGGUUUUCUCCCUCCCACACUGUCAAUACUCAAGGUCAUUUUAGAAGUUAAAUGCAAAGAGGCUUCAGAUGGGAAUGCUUAUUCCAUAUAGCACAUACUGUGGAAUAAUGUUGAAGGCUAUGCCUUCUGAAUCAUACGCAGCAUGUGGUGAAUACCGGUUGCUGGGAAGUGACGGGAAGGGGGCUACACGCCCCAAUCCAGGCUGGGGAGCAUCUAUCUGGCCACCGUAAGGCUGGCAUAGAUGGACUAAUGGCUAUUUUAAGACUGCAAGACGGCAGCUGGUAGAUCAUACACCCGACCCUUAAUUUAGAAGCUCAGCCCCACUCACAGAAUUAAACAAUAAGCCCAACACUCUGCCUUCCCUGCUCAUUCCCUCGCCAAAAGGCCAAAUCGGCAAAUUGAGAAACUAAACGCUGCAGCGUCGCAGAGAAAAGUUACGUGGGGAGGACGCACCUAAGGUACAAAGCGCCUCCUGCUUGCAAAACCAGGCACCUUUCAAUGCCAACUUCUCCGUGGGUGGCGUCAGCUCUGAGACGCAGACCGUUUGUUCGUUUAACACUCUUCGCAGUGAACGGCUGCGAGGGCGCCGGGAAGUUGGGCAGAUGGGGACCCGCACGGAUUUCUUCUUCUCACCGCAGCCCCCGCGCACCUUCCUCGAUCUCGGCGUUCCCCACUCCCAGAAUCGCGGGCGGAGGCCUCCUGCCGCCCGCUUGUUGCUCCUCCGCCGGAGGAAAGGUCCCCGCAGCCGAGCGGAAGGAGGGAGGCCCUCUGUCGCCUUGCUUGCCAGCUCAGCCCGAGGCUCCAAGGGCCCGCUUCCAACGUUGUGGACAGGAACUGGAGUUUCAUUUUGGAGGGACGGGGAGGGAUGCGGUCCUGCGGAGAUGACCUCUGCUUCUACCAGGGGAAAGAGCUGCUCUCGCUGAAAAACAAAAAGGGAGCCAAACGGCCCAGAUUUAAAAACGGGGUUACUUUCCUUGAAGGUCUGUUUUAGCCACGGAGAGGCUCUUUCGGGCAAAGCAGGCGCAGUUGCUGCCUGGGUGGGAACUCUCUGGAACGGCCUUGCGGGGGAGGAAGGGCUCCUCCUCAGCAGAGGAAACGGUGGAGGCCUUGGGAGUCUCUGUGCUUGGUUGUUCUC